GUGGGUGAUUACCAAAUUUUGAGCUGUGCCCAAUUGAGAGAUGGUCGUCAAGUCACCAGGACUCGGCUCGGCAGGAGUUCUUCGACGGGACCGUGAGUGAAAGCAUGUCCUUUUCAUGCGUAUGCAUGCGUUCAGAAAACUCCAAAGAUGUAUGCCAGAGCAAUUACUGCUCAUAUAAGCUUGAUGCAAUUCCUUCACAACAGUGAUCUGGCGCAAGUGGCUUGUCAAUGGGAGAGGACUAGGAGAUAUUCUAUCAUGGAACCACCUUCGGUUUAGAGAGAAGUAACCCGAUCCCGAGAACAUUGCCUUACCAGAAUCACGGAGUGUGUCUUAUUGGAGGAGACCACCGCUCCUUCCUCUGAAGACCUGUCACUAGUGCAGAUAUCUGUUACCAGAUGUUUGCCAAAAGUGUGACAGUCUUCCGCCACUACAUACAUAAACUUUACCGAUAAACAAACAUUCAAUUAUCUGCUUUUAACCUGCGUCACGCAUCAACUAUCAUCAAUGUGGUCUACGAACACCAAAUCCCGCAAGCGGAGCAGAAAACAUGGAGAACAUCCAGUCGAACCUUUGAUUACCAAACGGGGCAAAUACCCACAAUUGACAAUUCCAAGACCAACUAUCCCAGAGCAUCGACGGUCGCUAAGUGGGCGCCCUAAGACUACGGACAUAUCAUGGGGUGGGUAUCAGAAAUUAUCGAAGCGCGACAAACAACAUGGCAACCAAGAUCUCGAAGAACUGAACUGUAUAUUCCAAGUCAUCAAGAAACCUACAUCAGACCGAGAAAGUAGCGAGGGCUCAGAGAUACUGGGCAGUUUCCUUUCGUUUCGCGAGGCUCGCAGUUUCACCCAAGAUCACCUACGUACGCUCGGUGAAGAAAGUCUCGUUCUUACACAGGAGAGACCACCCAAGGAGAGGGAGGUCGAUCAGACUUUGCUGCAGAUCGUAGGACCUAACUGGGAUAUUUCGGUUGCAGCACGUCGUAUCUUGGAUGAGACAAUUGAUAUUGGGAAUCAGCCAGAUGUAACUGAACAGUGUCUCCGGACGUUCUGUCCGGGCCAGGAAGCUUCAGCGGAAGAUUCCAAGAGUAAUGGGGAUAUCCAGACGGCACGUCCAGGCGACGUUGGGCCUGAAAGAGAAUCCGCGAGCGGUAACUGCGUAACAACGGGGCCAGUAGAUAUGGGUAGUGAAGCAACCACAUCCAAAUAUGUACCAGUAUUAUCCAAGAGAAGGAGCAAGGAUAGUGGAUGCGUGUAUCCUAAUCCUGUGGCCAAAAGACAGAAAAGAUAUCUCGAGUCAACUGAACCCUCGAUCCGAAAUACCUCAGAAGCCCUGGAUGACAGUGUAGGCGAGGUUGUGGAAGUACAACAAAAGUCUAUAGUUUCAGCAUUAAGUUCAACAGCGGCCGAAGCCACGGACAGUACCCUCACAACCCCAGUACGGGUCUACGUUGUCAAGGAAGUGUCGUUCGAGAGCUUCAGAGCCAAGGAUCAGCGUAUCAUUGGUCUCUUUACCACACUCACAGACGCCGUCAAGCAGGUUCAAGCCUGUUGGGAAGAUUGCGCAGAUCAGAGAUAUUCAAACGUAGAAUAUCUUGACGGUUAUCAUGAAGACGGGCGUCUGUGGUGGACUUGUAGAGACGAGGAUGGAGACGGCCAUGAUGUCGAUACCGAAAUCCAUUUGAAAUCCCGUGAUUCGAUGACAGGACCUCACUCGCGAGAAAUUUGCAGUAGUACAAUUAGUUGUUGGGGGAACAGAGGCGAUGUCUCGUGGGAGUGAGAACGCCAGUGAAUGGUUACUAAGUUCUGCCCGGGGCUGACCUAGUUGUUGACUAGAAUAUCAUUCUCAAACCGUGUAGCCGCAAUGAGGAUUCGUUACAUGAACUGUAGGUCUCAUUGAAUGUUUUUACGUGGGAUCUUCCAAGAACGAACUGUUUAUUCUCCAAAUAUGUGAAUCUGCUACACUGCUGGUUGUAUAACAAGCAUAGGUAAAAUGGAUAGAGACAAGCCACCAUAUCACUACUUGCUAGUUGCCUCGCAAGAGGAGGGUUCUGCUGAAAUACAGCAGUAUGCUCGGUAAUAUCCAGUGCUCCAAUGGAUAAGAGAUAGUCACCUGUGAAAAACCC